AACGUGCGUGAGUCAGUGUGUGCAAACCCGGCAGCAUAGUCACUGAUCAAGUUCCUUAUGCAACACAGGAUGACUAUUUCCUAAUCAAAUCACCAGGUGUAUACGUGGCAGCCACGGCAGUCAGCCAGCUACCCGUACUGGUUCUCGGUGUCACAAUGGCAUCCAAGGGCAGUGGAUGUAAAUUUAAAUGCCAGGAUUUUAUUGUGCCGUUCCACAAGCAAGAUGAUUUGGGUGUGCACUUUUUAAGAUGGAACAGUGUUGCUGAAAUCAAUGGAUUGGUGAACACUGUGUGGUGCAGCAGCCUGUGAGGAGGAGGAAGAGCUCCACCACCCACACCCUAAGCCUUCCUCUUCCUAUCAAGAGAGAUGGUGAAGUUUGCGGAGGCAGAGAAGAGAGGGCGAGGGGGCGAGGGCAGUGACCGGCGCUACACCCCUGUGGUGAUGGUGGAGCGUGCCAAGAUGAGCCGCGCCAUGUGGGAGUCCCUCAAGGCACACAUCAUUCGGGACCGCAAAAGGAAGAAGGAAGAACAAGAGGCAGAUGCAGAGGAGGAGAGGCUGCGUAAGGAGCGAGAGACACGCAAGAAGCAGCAGGCGAUGACACUGGAGGAGACGAGAGAGAAGAUCGUGCAGAUGGAGCAGGACCUUCACGAUCUCAAGAAGCAGAAGCACCAGCUGUUCCAGGACCUUAAAGUGGUGCUCAAUGAGGACGACACGAGGAAGCGGGCACAGCAGCAGCAGAACUACAUGAAGGAGAGUGAGCUGAUGACGGUGCACUCCUACCAGCACGGCACCAUCCCCCUCAGUGGCCACCCCCAGAUGCUGUUUCAGUCCAACCUGGUAACAGGACGUGGACCCCUGCACAGCUACAAGGUGCCCCCCGCCCAGCCCCAGCCCCUUGUGCCCCCGGGCUCACUCAAGAGGUCCCGCACCCCCUCGCCGCCCCCCCAGCAGCCUACCUACCAGCAGAUGCCAUACACAUCAUUCAAGAACCUGUCUGGGCACCCUCCUCCUACUGUUCCUGUCACCCCACCCACGACCAAGACCACCAGCAACACCAGUGUCUACGUGACCGGUCAGAGUCCCUACUACCAUGGUGCAUCCCAGCCACACUCCAAUGCCACCCAGUACCAGAGGACCUCCCAAGGCGUCACCUACCUGCCCCCGUCCAACGCCUCACACCCCACACCCUCAGGAGCACCCCCCUCACAGCCGCCACAGCCCCCACAGCCCCGCGAGGAUAAGCAUCUCCAGCCUGUGUAUUUGCAGAGUAGUAGAGGAAGCCACGUGUCGUCCCUGCACCAGCCCAUGGAGCACAAGAGCAAGCCAGGAGGAGGGGGUGGGGCAUUCUUGCCGGGGGGUGAAGGUGGUGCGGUGCAGGAGAAGUACUUCCAGCCCUCCGUGCGGUCCCAUCUGGCGCUGCACUCGGCAGUGUUGCCAGUACAGCAGCCACACCCAGGGGGCGCCAAGAGUGGCAGCAUAACAUCAGGGUUCCCAGUGCGCUCUGCUCCUCCUUCGUCCCAGACCACAGUGGUCAGCUCAGCGCCACACUCUGUCAAGCCUGACAACAAGCCCAGGUCAUACAACACGGCGCCAUCUAACUACUCCCGCAGCCCCUACUACUGAGCCAGCACCAGACUGCAGGGGACAUGUGAGGCCGACAUGCACACACACACACACACGUCCUUGUCUGUACUGAAAGAAUGGCUGAACACACUCUUCAUCUUGGUGUCCUUUAUGUGUGUGAGAGAGAGAGAGAGAGAGAGAGAGAGAGAGAGAGGAAUGUGUGUUAGUGUGUGCAUUUUUUACUUGUGUUUUGAAAGGAUUGAGUCACACAUUUUUCCUGUUAUUUUUUUUCUUUUCUUUUCUUUCUUCUAAACAGAUGUGUAUAUAUAUAUAUAUAGUGUGUGUGUGUGUGUGUGUGUGUGUGUGUGUGUGUGUGUGUGUGUGUGUGUGUGUGUGUGUGUGUGUGGUAUAUAAAUAGAUAAAAUAGAUACAGAAUAAUAAAAAAAAAUGAAAAGAAGACUAUGCAAGGAAAAACUUUGGAAAGCAACAAUUCUCCUCAUGAAAUCUUUGUCACACCAAACUGCUGAGAGAGAGAGAGAGAGAGAGAGAGAGAGAGAGAGAGAGAGAGAGAGAGAGAGAGAGAGAGAGAGAGAGAGAGAGAGAGAAAA